AUGGCUAGCCACCAGCUCCAUGAGCUCUGUGUCGAACAGAAGAUAGACUUUGUACUUGUUCAAGAACCGCUCAUCAUGAAUAACAACUCGAUAUAUGCGUUUGAAACCUGUAAGCGGGCGCAUAUCAGUCGCGACGCCGGUGCGGCCGUAAUAGUCCUGACCAACCGUUAUCAGAGUAUCCUCUUGGGGGCUUUCUCGUCAAGCCACACCGUAGCGAUCAUAGUCAGGUUUGGUCCUAGACAGUUGGACGAUGUUAUACUGGUAUCGUCCUAUUUUAAGUACAACACCCCUACCAUUCUCCACAUAGAGCGUUUAAGCCAGAUCAUGGAAAAAGAGAAACGUAUCCUCAUCGGGGUGGACACGAACGGUCACUCGAAACUCUGGUUUUCGGAAACCCGGAACCGUCGCGGUAGAACCGUCGAUGAGUUCAUACACAAAUAUGGUCUUAGGGUUCAUAACAUAGCCGGGCAAAUGAACACCUUUCGCCGCCGAGAUAACAGGACGUCCAACAUCGACGUUACGCUUACGACGGCUGACAUCGGACAUAAAGUCAGAAAUUGGCAGGUCAGUGAUGAAACUGACAGUGAUCAUAGGGUUAUCAGUUAUAACCUACUCGUCCGUAAACCGCCCCCGAGAAUCCCGGGGCCAGUGCGGUACAACGCUAAGACAGCGGAUUGGGAUCUAUUCAACACUACCCUCCUUGGCGAGGUAGGCCGCAUCCCUUGUAACUGCAUUAACGCUAUGGCUGCGGGCAUAACCCGUGCUCUGACUACAGCUGCGGAUAAAGCCAUGACGAAAAAGAGACCGUCUGGUGGCCUGGGCAAGAACCCAUGGUGGUCCCCAGAGUUGGCAUCACUAAGAAAAGAUCUGGUCCGAAAGAGACACCAAGGUCUUAACAGACCGGAGUACAACACACUUAGAAACAGUUUCCUGACGGCAAUCAGAAAGCACAAAGCCGACACGUGGAAAAACUAUGCUAAUGAAUUGAACACUAACCCUUGGUCCAGAGCCUUCAGCUGGGCCAAGAAAGGCAGUCGACCAAGAUCGAUCCCGAGCACGCUCACGAAAGAAGACGGCUCUCAAACUGUUGACUGUCUGGACACAGUCGAAUUGGCUUUGGACAAGUUUGUGCCGAGAGACCCGCAACAAGGCGAACUGGUCUACCAGGGCCCUCUGGAAUACACGGAGUCCCUUGAUCCGGAGUCUAUAAAAGUGGCCAUAUGGCGAAUCAAACCUUCGGGCGCUCCUGGAAUGGACGGAAUUACGGCCCGGAUGCUCAGGAAGGCUUGGCCCGCGCUCAGAGAACCGAUAACGCAUCUCUUCGGCCAGUGCGUCAAAGCAGGUCAAUUCCCUGAUUGUUGGAAAACGGCGGAGCUGGUACUGGUGCCGAAACCUGGCGCAACUGACGCAUCUCUGGUCAAGUCGUUCAGACCAAUCAGCCUGCUUCCUGUCCUUGGGAAAACACUUGAGACUAUAAUAAUAGGUAAAAUUAUAAACGAGACCACCUUGGACACGCACGUAGAACAGCACGGCUUUACAAAGGGUAAAUCCACCUCCGGUGCUCUGGAAGCAGUCUAUGACUGGUCGACUCGUCCAGUUCGCGGCAUAUCUUUGGUACCUUCCUAG